GCCAAGCCCCGAGGACUAAAAAGCAAGGGGCACCCAAGUGGCAGAGGAGUGAACCCGCUCCCCCUGAGAAUGGAGAGGGAAGAGUGCUUGCUCCUGCUGUGCUCCAGGAGAGUGUGCAGAACACCCAGACAGUGGUGGCACCAAGUCCCUCCAAACCCCGGACGGCAGAGUUGGUCCUACAGCGAAUGCAGCAGUUCAAGAGAGCAGACCCCGAACGCUUGCAGCACGCUUCGGAAGCGUGCUCUCUGGAGGUUACACUUGAAGAAAACGCCCCAGAAGGCCCUGCAGAGGAGAUGACGGCAGGGAAUGGGUCCAGGCCCGGGCUUCCUGCCACACAGAGCGACGCUGCAGUGGCCUUGGCCCUGCAGCAGGAAUUUGGGCAGCAGCGAGCAUCCGCCCAUGAGGCUAACCUGGAGGAGACGGGGCUGUUCUUUUGCCAGAUCUGUCAAAAGAACCUCUCAGCCAUGAACGUGACACGAAGGGAGCAGCAUGUGAACCGGUGCUUGGAUGAGGCUGAAAAGGCACUGACACCCUCCACACCUCGGAUCCCUGAAUGUCCAAUUUGUGGCAAGCCGUUUCUCACCCCAAAGAGCCGAAUCAGCCACUUGAAACAGUGUGCAGUAAAGAUGGGUGUUGGCCCCCAGCUCCUGCUCCAGGCCGUGCGGCUGCAGACAGCUCAGCCUGACGGGGCCUGUGGCACCAUGGCAUCGAGCUCCAGCAGUCACGUUGGAGGUCUGAAGCGGAAGGGACCCACCAACAAGAAGGAGCUGCAGAAAAAGCGGAAGGUCAUGGAGCCUGAGGUGCCAUCCGAGGACCUACUGGUGGCCAUGGCUCUGUCCCGGUCUGAGAUGGAGCAGGAGGCCGUGCCCACGGUGCCCAGACUGGAAAGCGCUUUCUCUGAGAGGAUAAGACUGGGGGCAGAAAAGAAGAGUCGUAAGAGGAAAGCACCGGCAUGCCCUCCCCUGUUAUUGGUCCAGGACCCAGAGACCACAGGGAGGCAGACAGAGGAUCGAGUGGCCCAGCUCUUUGCGGAGGAGAUGGAGCUGUCCAGCACACCGCCACUUCCUGCGAGCAGGAUCCUAAAGGAAGAGCUGGAAAAGGCCAGCCGGCAUCUGCAGCUGCCUGGAGGGAAGCAGAACUUUCUGUGGGAGGGCAGCGCUCUGACGGGGGCCUGGGCUCUGGAAGCCUUCUACACCGCAAGCCUGGUACCUCCCAUGGUGCCCCAGCGGUCCGCCAAGGGUCUUACCCAGGAGCCCACGCUGCUGCCGGUGCUGCCUGACCAGCCAGAGCUGGGUGUGCAGACGCCACCUGCUCUCCGCAGUGCCCCACCUGCGAGCCAUGGCCCCAGGAACCUGUCACCUUCUGCCAGCCAGAGAGAGCACCAGGCCUUGCAGGACCUUGUGGAUCUGGCGGGAGAGGGGCUGAGUGCCACCCCGUGGCCCUGCAGUGGGGGCCCGGCCAGCUCAGGAGGGGCCUCAGGGAUGGAUGUGUUGCCCACUGGCCUUCCACCGACUGGGUUUGUCCUGCCACCCAUGGAGAAGCCCCUGGAGAGCAGCAGCCAGGCUUCGCUCACCCUUGGUUUGCUGCUGGCAGACUUCAGAGCCAUGGUCAAUAACCCACACCUGAGUGACGUCCAGUUUCAGAUGGACAGCGGGGACGUGCUUUAUGCCCACAAGUUUGUGCUUUAUGCCCGAUGUCCCCUUCUCAUGCAGUAUGUGGACAGUGAAGGCUUCUUCGCCGCGGAGGACGGUGAUCUGCGGGGUCAGCGUGUGCUGCUGAGUGACGUGAGCACCGAGGCCGCCCGGGCACUCCUGCACUACCUGUACACUGCAGACCCUGGCGUGCCGGCCCGGCUGGCCCCCGACCUGAGCGCUCUGGCCCACAGGUUUGGUGUUAGUGAGCUUGUUCUUCUGUGCAGACAAGCGCCUGAUGAGAUGGAUUCAGAGGACAGACUGUGGAAGAAGGAAGAAGAGGACUGUGAAAGCCGCGCAGAGAACUUCCAAGAGCUCUUGAGGUCCAUGUGGCUAGAUGAAGAGGAAGAACCAGAGGCUUUGUUGAAGUCUGAGAGCCGUGAAGAAGACAGAGAAAAAGUGAAUGAAGCAGAAAUGGAAGAAAUUUAUGAAUUUGCAGCCACCCAGCGAAAGCUGCUCCGGGGGGAAGGAGCUCCAGAGAUCAAGGAAGAAACUGACCAGUUCGGGGACGAUGGUCCAGUGUCUGCGCAAAUCUUAGCAAGUGGUCAGGUUGGCGAACAGCCAGAAAAUGCAGGACAGAUGGAAUCGUCUGGUCAGGGAAGAGAAGAGGCCCCAGCCAAAUGGAAGAGUGUGAGACAGUCCACUCCCCUGCCACUCAGGGGCCAGUGUGCGGACGAGGAGAAAGCAGGGUCCCCAGAGGAAGCACUGGGUCGUUCCGGCUCCCCUCGCCCUUCUGGGGGCUGUGGGGCAGGGAGAAAGGAAGGUGCAUUUUGGUGCUCAGCUGAUGCCCCUGAGGCCCAGCCAUUUUCGUCAACUCCCAGAAGAUGCCAUGGACCGUCCCAGAUGACGAGCCAUCUCCAGGAGGGCAACGGCACCUUCUUGGGAAAGGGGGCAGGGAGCCCCUGUACCCCUGCUCGCUGGCAGGCACCGCUGUGGCGCCCGUGCCUGUCACAGCCCCCUGGGGGCCAGAGUCCCAGCCGGCCAUACCCUUGUCCUCGUCUCAGGGGUGAGUCGCCCUCGCCAGAGCCGCAGCCACAGGGCAGAGCUUCCACGGCGGCCUCCCAGGACCCCCCAUCAAAGCAGAGGAGGGGCAGGCGCCUCCUCACAUUACUUAAACAUCCAGGCCUCCAGAAGGGCGAAGAACGUGGUUCCUCGUUGGAACGCAGAAGUAAAGGGGUUCUGAUCUCCCCCGAAAAGUCUCCAUCCAUCGACCUAACCCUGUCAAAACCUGGCCAGUUGAGCUCCAGAUCUCAGAAUACUCCAUCCAACAAGAACAGAGAAGAAGAGAUUAUCCUUUUAUUGGAUUCAGAUGAAGAGCUGGAGCUAGAACAAACCAAAAUAAAGUCAGUUUUUAAUGGUCCCCUGGGAGAAAGGAAAGUUCUAGAAGUUAGCCCCAAGUCUUCUGAGCUGUUUUCUGUCAUCGACAUCGAUGCAGAUCAGGAACCUUUCCAAAGCCCAGCAAGAAGAGAGGCUUCCCUGCAGGGGUGGGAGGAGGGGCCAGCAGGGAACCCGGGCUCUGUGGGGGGCAGAGGGACCCCUCGGCUGUUGUGUGACCCCGAGAGCGGCCCCGAGGAAGACAGCACCACGGAUACCUCAUGGCUCGUGCCCGCCACACCACUGGCCAGCAAAAGCCGGGACACUUCCUCACAGACGCAGAUAACAGGCCUCAGGUCCAGGGCUCCGGCGGAUCACAGGGCUCAGGUCAAGCCCUGGACCCUGUUAGAGAACAGGGGUGGGCCCGAAGCCACAAGUAAGUUUUCAGUCAUCACGCCCCAGAUGUCCUCGUCAUGCCUGGUCCCCGUCUGUGCAAGCAGCCCCGACGGCAGGAGCCCUUCCAGGCCCCACCCCGGGCGCCACCAGCACUGCUCUCCGGCUCCCUGUUCCGUCUCCGGCGGCCUCGCCGAUCUCACCGGGCAGUCCCGGCAGUGCUCCCCGCCCAGGCCGAGGCUGCUGAGUCAGGCCGUCGCGAGUGAGGUGGUGAAGGUGGAGGACAGUGAAGAUGAGCAGGAGGCCGCCUCCCGGCAGGCGAACAGCAGCCCCCUGCUGGACGGCGACCCUCUGAUCGCAGUGGACGACUGUCACUGGCACGUGGAGCCCCUCUCACCGAUUCCCAUCGACCACCUGAACCUCGAGCGGACCGGCCCCCUGAGCACCAGAAGUCCGGGCAGUAAAGCCGGGGAGGCUCCGGCUGGCAGCGGCUGCCGCUCCCCAGCCCUCCAGGGCGCCGCCCCCGCCCGAGGAAGCUGCUCGGGCCAGACAAAGUCUCAAGAGAAGUCCCCUCGGGCCGGCUCGCCCGGGAGCAGCAGGCCGAGCUUUUUGAACUCCACUCUGUGGGACGACUGGGAUGGAGAGGAACAGAAGUCUCCAGAGCUCCUUCCUCCGGCCCAGACGCGGAGCGCUGAUGUUGCUGCACAGAACUCAGAAGGGCUGGAGACGCCAAAAGGUGCUAAUCGGAAGAACUUGCCCCCGAAAGUGCCCAUAACGCCCAUGCCAAGGUACUCCAUCAUGGAGACUCCAGUACUGAAGAAAGAACUGGAUAGGUUUGGGGUCCGCCCUCUACCCAAACGCCAGAUGGUCCUCAAACUGAAGGAGAUAUUCCAGUACACUCACCAGACUCUGGAGUCCGACUCGGAGAAUGAGAGCCAGUCCUCGCAGGUGCUUCUGGAGGCUCCGCACAGCCAGACCCACACCAGCAGGACCUCCAAGGCUCCCAGGGCCCGUGGCCGUGCCCGGCUGGAGGCCACUUCUGGCCCUCUUCCCCAAAGGUCCAAGGGGUCCACUAAGACCAAGGGCCCCCAACAUCAAAAGAAACAGCCUGGUGGAAGCAUCCCUCCAAUAGGCAUAUCACAGGCCAACGAGGAGCAUCCAGACCCUGAUGGGGACGCCCAGCUCCCGGCGUCCCAGGAAUCGGUGGCCUCCUCCGUGGACAGCAGUGACAGCUCCUUUAGCUCACAAAGUUCGUCUUCCUGUGAGUUUGGAGCGGCUUUGGAGUGUGCAGAGGGUGAAGAGGGCGAAGAGGAGGUUAGCGCGUCCCAGGCGGCCGUCCACGCGGCAGCCACGGAGGAGGCCGUGAGGCGCUACAUCCGCUCCAGGCCGGCCCUCUUCCGCAAGGUGCUGCUGUACCAGCCCUUCGAGCUGGCGGAGCUGCAGGCCGAGCUGAAGCAGCAUGGCAUCCGCGUGGCCACGGCCAAGCUGCUGGACUUCCUGGACGCGCACUGCAUCACCUUCACCACUGCGGCGGCCCGGAAGGAGCGGCUCCACGGGAGGCGGCGGCCGCCUGUGGGCAAGAAGCCGGGCCGAGCCGGCGGGCCAGUCUGCCCCUCCGCGCCCCUGGCCGUCGGCAGCCUGUGAGUGGCCGCGGCCCCCGGCAGCGAGCCAGGCCUCCUCGGCGUUUCUGGGCCUGGGGACCGCAUCCGCCCCCUGCGAGAGGGGCCACGGCACCGAGCUGGAUCGGCUGUCCCCAACUCCAUUUCCUGGAGUUGUGUUUGGCGCGUGGCCUCCACGCCCCUCCCUCUAUCGGCACCCAGUGUGUCUCCCUCUAACCCCCUGUGCCCCCCUCUAACCCCACCGUGCCCCCGGGUGCUUCAGAAGGGCCGCGGGCGGCCACCAGCUGCCCAGGGUGGGGCGUGUCAGGCGCAGAGUGUCCUUGUCCUGAGGUGGAUGCCCGGGGCCAGCUUGCCCCUGCCCCGUCUUCCUUCUCAGCACUCGGGCCGUAAUCCCAGCCUCCACCAGCACACCACGAGCCUCUCACACUGCCACGCCUCAGGUGCUCUGCUGGCCCAGCCGUCCCUCCCAGACACCUGUCCUUGUCACCAGCAGUCUCCAAACCGGGCCGUGCAGCAGGGCCCAGCACAGCUCUGAAGUCCCCAGAAUACACAUGUUCUUUGUUAACUGGCUUUGUCGGUAUGUGGUAAGGCUGUCUCCGGCCUCAGGAGCAGUGUGGAGCAGAGCUGACGGCCAGAAAGGAAGAAAAGUUGGGGUGUCCACAUCCUUGUGAAUGUCUCGUCUGUUUUAAAUACAGUGCAGUCCAUUUUCUAUGAUGUGCAAUAAAAACAAAAAGGCUUUAUAAAAA